CUCUUUAAAAAACCAAAAGCAUGGAUUUAAUAAAAGAGAUAAACGACAAAUACUUGGCGCUGGAGGCGGAAAUUGAUAAAAAGCUGGAGAAGGUUGAAGCUGAAGAGAUAAAAUGGGAGCGUCAAACGGAAAAAUUGGCCGAAAAAUUAACGCACAUUCAGCCCACAAAAGUAUUGUCCUAUGAGGAAGCACUGAUGCGUAAUACAAACACAUUAAAGUCUCUAGAAAUUGCGAAAGCGAGGCUACGUUCCCGAUCCACAUUCUCGCCUGUAGAGAAGCUAUUGAAGCACGCUAUAGAGGACUACAAAAAUGAAUUGAAUGCAAUAAUCCAACAAAAUACUGAGAAGGGCAGCGUCAAUGCUGGUGGCGUUCAACAGAACUCUGAACGGAACAACGAUGGGGUGGAGGACGAGGAUGAGGAUGACGAUCUAUACAAAUUGGUUAUGCAAAAUGUAUUGGAAGCUAGCAACAAGUCAAAAGUUUCCGAUCAUCGGCGACAGCAUUGACGUUGAAUUUGUUUGCUCUGUUUAUAUGGAAUUCGAGCUGGCUGCCAUGUCUCGGCUAAAAACAGUUCAGUUUUCAAGCUGAAUAAAUAUUCGGGUGAAAAAGUACACACACACACACACACACAUACACACAAGCAAACGGCAAAAUUAUGGGGUACGCUUUUUUCCUUCUUUAAACAAAAAUCGAAGAAGAAC